AUUGUUUCCUUUUUUCAUAAAUCACAUUGUGCUGGAACUGCAUUACGUGAAGAAAUAAUCAAUUCAUUAGUAUUUGGUGGGAAUUUAAAAUCAUCAGUAAAGACUCAUUGGAGCACAUCUUGGGAU